CCCCCCCCGACCCGGUUCUCUGCCUUCUCUCGCUGAGUUUUAGUCGUGCUUCCCGCACUUUUCCUUGGACUUCCCACUCGUCUUUCUUCUCUGCCUCACCCCUCCAUCUUCUCGACCUCUCUUGUUCCUGCGCGCGUCUCUCUUAAUAUCGCAGUUCUGCUUCUGCUUUCCUGCUUCCAUUGGCGCCUGCUCUUCUCGGAGUUCCUCACGUUUGCGUCUGGUCUGAUCUGUGGCUUGCACUGACAUUUUUGGCCCCAUCUAACCACUGCGCAUUUGAUCCGGUAUGUGCAGAAGUCCCUGCUCCUCCCUUCCGCCUUUCCCCUUCAAACCUCCCUCAACCCGUGCGCAAACACAAGAGACGGAUUUCGGGAAUAGCUGUGUGGGGGAACAUGCUUCCUCUCAGGUCGGCGUGGUAGAUGGAAGUCGCAAACCCUAGUGAGACAACAGCACGAGAGACAAUUGAAGAGCACCACCACUGCUCAAAGAUCAACCCAGUCGCACUAGUCGCAAGAGCUACAGUCGCAAACCCAUCUAGAAUCUCCCCAACCUUGGACUGCACUUCACGUUGUGGCGUUGGCGAAGGCUCCCCUACUUCACUUACUUCAGAACAACCUUCGAUUCCCAAAGACUCUUUGCGAUCGCUUCGUACCCUGUUGCCUUGGACAUUCGCCGUUCGGGAUAUUCUUGUGCGACAAAAGUUGGUUGAGUUGUCAAAAACAGUCCACAUAAUUCCUUCGAUAUCCUUUUCGCGGCAACCUCUCUAGCAAGAGACCUCUGUCCAGUCGAUCUUGGAAGUGUACUUUAGCCUUCAAGCUCGUCAUCUUGAAUUUCGUCCUUCAACAUGUCUUUUCCUGAAUACGGUCAAUUCCCAAACACCCCGCAGGAGGGCGCCCCGGGUCAAGUUCCUACUCCUCAGGAUGGAGCUGCUCCGGGCCAGCCAACCGACCCUUCCGCUCAGCAACAGAUGCCAUUCCCGAACCCGGAGGUAAAUGCCGCAGCACAGGCUGGUGCAGGCGCCGAGGGAAAGACCACCCUUUGGAUGGGAGAGUUGGAGCCAUGGAUUGACGAGAACUUUGUCCGUAACCUCUGGUUCCAAAUGGGUGAGCAAGUCAGCGUCAAGAUGAUUCGUGACAAGUUUUCAGGCAGCAACGCUGGCUAUUGCUUCGUCGACUUCUCGUCCCCUCAGGCUGCAGCCAAGGCUCUUCAGCUCAGUGGCCAACCCAUGCCCAACUCCAGCCGCCCCUUCAAACUCAACUGGGCCUCUGGAGGUGGUCUCGCCGAUCGACGCGACGACCGUGGACCCGAGUACUCGAUCUUCGUCGGCGAUCUCGGCCCCGAAGUCAACGAGUACGUCUUGGUCUCGCUCUUCCAGAGUCGUUUCCCAUCCUGCAAGUCGGCCAAGAUCAUGACCGACCCUCUAUCCGGCAUGUCCCGCGGAUACGGUUUCGUUCGCUUCUCGGAUGAGGGCGACCAGCAGCGUGCUCUUAGUGAGAUGCAAGGCGUCUACUGCGGCAACCGUCCCAUGCGCAUUUCUACAGCAACCCCCAAGAACAAAGGUGGACCGAUGGGAGGAAACAUGGGAAUGGGUAUGCCUGGUGGCGGCCCAAUGGGCUACCCUCCUAUGGGUCAGCAACCUAUGCCGUUCUACGGCGGCGGCCAGCAACAGCCACAACCCAUGAACCAGUUCACCGAUCCCAAUAACACUACAGUGUUUGUUGGAGGUCUGUCUGGAUACGUCACCGAGGACGAGUUGCGCUCUUUCUUCCAGGGAUUCGGGGAGAUCACCUAUGUCAAGAUUCCACCAGGCAAGGGCUGCGGUUUUGUGCAAUUCGUCCAACGCCAUGCUGCUGAAAUGGCCAUCAACCAGAUGCAAGGCUAUCCCAUUGGCAACUCGCGAGUCCGUCUGAGCUGGGGACGUAGCCAGAACAACUCUGGCCCCGCGGGCACGCCCUACCGCCCUGCGCCUCCGCCGCCGAUCUACCCUUCGAUGGGGAUGCCUCCUGCUCACUCAUAUGGCAACUUCGCGCCUAUGAAGUGAAAACCUUUUGACAAACUCGGCGCUGCAGGCGUUUCGUCCAUGGGCAUGCUUUUUCCUGUUGGGGAGCGGAAAAAGCAACGUUUUCAUUUGUCAAGUCAUUGAAAGCAGCGCGCAAAAUCGAAAUCUUAGCGUCAUCAUCGUUGGUAUGGGAGGGUGUUUGUCCAAGAACGACAGAAAAGUUUCUUUUCAUUUCACAUUUGCGAUGACCCCUGACCACCCGACUGUCUUCGACAACGGCAGCCGGCUGUGUACAACACGAUCGAACAAACAUGGCAUUCGCUUUUUGGUUGAGAGUGACGAUACGAUACCAACGAAAACGAGACAUUAGCAUGUGCUUGGGAAGCACUCACGGCAAGGGAGCGGAAGCAUGGACGGAUCGUCGCAAAAACGGCACCCGGGGUGGUGAUGACACUCAGUUGACAGAAAUGGUUCUUUCUUUUUUCCCUCUCUCUUUCUUUCACUUCAGUCCCUCAUAUGGGCCAAGAGGUCCCCAUGAACUCCCUCAGCUCACAUGGCAAAAGAAUGGGGACAUACUAAGCAACGAUGGGUAUUGGAUGGCUUGAGCUGCUACGAGGGAGAGAUGUGUUGGUUCACAGUGAGCGGACCAACACUAGACGAUCCUUGACACUGAAUUCUUCUGCAAGAUCUUGUUUGUCCGCUGCCCUUCUUUCCUUACUGUUUCAUUCUGCGUUUGGCUGGCCUCCCUUCCGUGAAAGGCUGGAUUCCGCCUCUGGCCUUGUAUGUGACUAUCUUGCCUCUCCUUG